GAACCCAAAACAACAUCCAUUCUUAGUUGAGUUUUUGGAAAACACACCUUUGCUUCAGGUUCCAAAUUCCAAUCACACUCACAAAUCUGCUUCAGCUUAAAUUUUAAGCUUUUACUCCUUUUUUUUUUUUCCUUUCUGUUCUCCAUCAACAAGAAUCUUACCACAAUUUCACGUAAUUUAGCAUCUUAGAACACUCUUCAACCUAUCAUCUUUAUAAGCACCGUAUCCUCCUCUAGUUCAUCAACUAAAUCGUCCCACCCCCCUUGCCUUGCUGCUCCUACAAAUCCGUUGCUGCCCUCGCCCCACCAUAUUCAAAUAGAAAUUAUCAUUAUCGUGGUCAUAUUUUGGAUACCAUUGAGCAAAACAACUGCUUAUUCAAAUGAGGAACUCCAUCAUAGAAGAAGUACACGAAAUUGAGACUAAUGAAAGUAAAGAAGAAGACAAGACUCAAAAUGAAGCAGAGGAUGUUAAGAAAAUUGCACCUUGGACAAGACAGAUUACAAUCCGUGGUGUAAUUGCAAGCAUAGCAAUAGGAAUUAUGUACAGUGUAAUAGUGAUGAAGCUUAAUCUUACAACAGGUUUGGUACCAAAUUUGAACGUUUCAGUUGCUCUUAUUGCAUUUGUGUUUAUAAAGACAUGGACUCUGUUGCUUGAGAAAGCUGGAUUUGUAUGCACUCCCUUUACACCACAGGAAAACACCGUCAUUCAGACUUGUGCUGUUGCUUGUUAUAGCAUUGCUGUUGGAGGUGGCUUUGGAUCCUACUUGUUUGCUUUGAGCAGGAAGACGUACGAGCAAGCGGGUGUCAACAUGGAAGGAAAUGCUCCUGGAAGCACCAAAGAACCAGGAAUUGGUUGGAUCACUGGCUUCCUCUCUGUUAGUAGUUUUGUGGGACUUCUUGCCUUGGUUCCGCUUAGAAAGAUCAUGAUACUAGACUAUAAAUUGACUUAUCCAAGUGGAACUGCAACAGCUGUUCUGAUUAAUGGUUUCCACACACCGAAAGGAGACAAAGCAGCAAAGAAACAAGUUCAUGGAUUCAUGAAAUACUUUUCAUUCAGUUUUUUCUGGGCUCUAUUCCAAUGGUUUUAUUCUGGAGGAGAAAAAUGUGGGUUCUCACAGUUUCCAACAUUUGGAAUAAAAGCUUGGAAAGAUUCGUUUUACUUUGAUUUCAGCUUGACUUAUAUCGGAGCAGGGAUGAUAUGCCCCCAUCUUGUGAACUUGUCAUUGCUUCUUGGUGCUGUUCUUUCUUGGGGCGUUAUGUGGCCUUUAAUGAAGGAACUUAAAGGGGAAUGGUAUCCUGGAUCUCUUCCAGAGAGCAGUAUGAAAAGCCUCAAUGGUUACAAGGUAUUUAUAUCAAUUGCUUUGAUACUUGGAGAUGGGCUUUACCAUUUCCUCAAAAUUCUAUAUUUCACUGGUUCAAACAUGUACGCAAAAGCAACCAACAAGAAGUUGAAAACAUUCCCUGAUGAUUCAGUCCCAACUUUCGACGAUCAUCGACGAAACGAAGUGUUCUUAAGAGACGGUAUUCCGGUAUGGGUGGCAAUCACAGGGUACAUCUUCUUCUCCAUUGUCUCUAUCAUUGUAAUCCCAAUCAUGUUCUCAGAGGUCAAAUGGUACUACAUAGUUGUGGCCUAUACUUUGGCACCAUCUCUUAGCUUUUGCAAUGCCUAUGGUGCUGGUCUAACUGACAUGAAUAUGGCUUAUAACUAUGGGAAAGUGGCUCUGUUUGUGCUUGCUGCUAUGGCUGGUAAAAAUGAUGGUGUAGUUGCUGGACUUGUUGGUUGUGGUUUGAUCAAGUCUAUUGUUUCCAUUUCCUCUGAUUUGAUGCAUGAUUUCAAAACUGGCCAUCUUACACUUACAUCUCCAAGAUCCAUGCUUUUAAGCCAAGCUAUUGGUACAGCCUUAGGCUGCAUUGUAGCUCCUAUCACAUUUUAUAUGUUCUACAAAGCAUUUGAUCUCGCCAACCCAAAUGGUGAGUACAAGGUCCCGUAUGCAAUCAUAUACCGAAACAUGGCUAUCUUAGGAGUUGAAGGCUUCUCAGCUUUGCCUCAGCAUUGCUUGCAGCUAUGUUAUGGAUUCUUUAGCUUUGCCAUAGUAGCUAACUUGUUGAGAGAUCUUACACUUGAGAAAUUUGGGAAAUGGAUCCCAUUGCCAAUGGUCAUGGCUGUGCCUUUCCUCGUCGGUGCUUAUUUUGCAAUCGAUAUGUGCAUGGGGAGCUUGAUCGUGUUCGUGUGGCAUUAUCUAAAUCGUGAAAAGGCUGGAUUGAUGGUUCCGGCUGUUGCGUCUGGUUUGAUAUGUGGAGAAGGAUUAUGGAUUCUCCCUUCUUCAAUUCUUGCUUUGGCUAAGAUUCAUCCCCCAAUUUGUAUGAGUUUUUUUUCUUCUAGUAAAAGUUAAAUCUAGAAAGUGCUCUUAAGUAUAGAAUCUUAUGCAUGUUCAAGAUGUAGAGAAGCUGCAAUCUCUUCAUAAAUUUUAGAAUGCAGCAAGUUUCAAUAUAGUGUUACUGUAUAAGUUAAAGGUUAAUAGAAUACUUUGAGAGAUUGAAUCAAACUACAUCAUUAAAACA